AUGGCUGCUACCAUCAAAAAGAAGGUCUUUCUCACAGGUGGAAGCGGGUUUAUCGCAUCUCACAUCUUAGAUCAACUGCUAUCCAAGGGGUAUGGCACGAAUUUUUGUCCCUACAACAAAAGUAAUCUCGCUAGUUAUCAUGUGAUUGUGACUGUUCGCUCCAAUAUCAAAGGAGACGGGAUCAUCUCUGCCUUGCCCCAAGAGUUCAAAGGAGAUGUCUCAUACGAAGUGGUCGAAGAUAUUGCUCAAGAAGGAGCUUUUGACGAGUCUAUCAAAGCAAAUCCCAACAUUGAUUAUGUGAUUCAUACUGCGUCACCCUACCAUCACAACAUCCAGGACCCUGUCAAAGACUUCAUUGACCCAGCUGUCAAAGGCACAACCGGGAUUCUGUACUCAAUCCAAAAGUACGCACCGACAAGUGUGAAAAGAGUAAUCGUGUUGUCGAGCACAGCCACGAUUGUGAAUCCCCCAAACCACCCUGAGGUGUAUAACGAAGAAGUCUACGGAGCCACGACAUGGGAGCAAGCCAUUUCCGGCACGAUGACAUACCGUGCGAGCAAGAUAUACGCCGAACGUGCUGCGUUUGAGUUCAUAGUGAAGGAAAAGCCGUCUUUCGAUUUGGUCACGAUUAACCCAUGUCUUGUCUUCGGACCUCCGCCUAGACACCUCACCAGUCUAGACGCCCUCAACACAAGCAAUCACCGCACCCGCGACUUGGUCCUAGGCAAUAACCGAGACAAAAUCACACCAACCGGACCCUUGUUUUUGUUUGUUGACGUGCGUGACGUUGCCACGGCGCAUAUCAAUGCCCUAGAAAAUCCCGAAGCGAGCGGCCAGCGCUUCAUGCUGGUGGGUGGUUAUUUCAGCAACAAGCGGAUUGCGGAUUGCAUCCGUGAAUUGUACCCAGAGCUGCGGGACAGAUUGCCUCCUGUGGACUCUCCCGAUGACUUCCCAGAGAAGAUAUUCCGCUUCGAUGUGAGCAAGUCAAAGCGUGUGUUGGGCACAGAAUACAGGGAUUUGCGGACAUGUGUGAAGGAUACGGUUGACGGCAUGCUUGGCAAGGCUUAA